AUGACUUGUGUAGCUAAUGUAGCGAUCACAACCAUUAAUUCUGGUAGGAGAUCUUUAUUGUUUCAAGAUCGACUAGGUUUUGAUAAUACUCUUACUGAUACCCAAUGGGAAAGCAUUAUGCAAAUGCUUAAAAAUUCGAAUAAUUAUUCGAAGCUUUCUGGUAAAUGGAUACUUGAUACAGGGGCUUCACGACACAUGACAGGAACUAAAGAAUUUUUGUUUAAAACUCAUGAAAUAGAGUUUUCUUCCGUAAAGCUUCCGAAUGGCACAUAUUCUCAUGCUCCAUGCGAAGGCACUGUGGACCGCACUACGAGGACGGUGAUUGGUGUGGGUGAGGAAAGAGACGGGGUCUAUAUUUUUCAUAGCGGAACGCUCAUUACUGCAAAUCGAGUAUCUGAUGGAGAAGAUUAUUGUUUAUGGCAUAGACGUUUAGGUCACGCGUCUAAUAAGGUUGUUUCUUUACUUCCGGGUAUGAAUAAAGUUGAUUGUCGAAAAUUUCUUAAUGAACCAUGUGAUAUUUGCUUUAAAGCUAAACAAACUCGGACUACUUUUCCGGUUAGUGAGAAUAAAGCGGAUGAUUUCUUCGAUUUAGUUCAUUGUGAUGUAUGGGGUCCUUAUCGUACUUCAUCUUCUUGUGGUGCACAUUAUUUUCUUACCAUUGUCGACGAUUACUCUCGUUGUGUUUGGGUUUAUCUGAUGGCACAUAAAACUGAGGUGGUGCAAAAUUUUCGGAACUUUUGUGCUAUGUCGAACACACAAUUUGAUAGACAAGUUAAGAAGGGUAUAGAAUUUCAAACUUCAUGUGUGGACACACCGCAGCAAAAUGGGCAAGUUGAACGCAAACAUCGUCAUAUAUUGAACGUGGCGCGUGCUUUACGCUUUCAAGCCAAGUUACCUCUUCGGUUUUGGGCCACUCCAAGUCCAGCACAUAGGGGGAGUAACAUAUUACAUACGGAUUUGACAAUGUCAGAUAGUAUUCCCAUGCCCGCAGUUAGUUCAAAGAAACGGACAGAUGGUAUUCCUGUAAUCGGUACACAGGAAAUGUCAAAUAGUUUUGUCUCAUCUGAUGUUAACAGUCAGAGUGCUCCAGGCGAGAUAACCAGAACUGGUGUUGGACAUGAAGUCAGCAGGUGUCCCGUGCAGUGUGUUCCAAACACUGCUGUGCAGAUUUUGUCCGGUAUUGACAGCAAUGCUGCUCCAGGCAGUGAUAUUUUGUCCGGUAGUGACAAGACUACUGCUGCAGGCAGUAAUUUGCGUGAUGUGCUUUAUAGUGACAGAAGUCGAACAGUCACAGGAAGUGACAGAAGUCGAACAGUCACUGAAUCAUCUUUAGUUUUAAGAGAAAGUGAUGAUUUUGUCUCUUCUGGGCUCCAACGGAAUACGUCAUCCGUCAGGGAAAGAAUUGGUUAUAGUUCCGAUGCAGCUUUAUCACCUGCUAAGGAAAGUGAUGCUACGGGUGAUAGUUCUGAUAAGGCAGUUCGACGAAGUUUUGCUAAUCAUAUUCAUUUUUUGGCGGAGAUUACUACUCUUAAAGAACCUACGAGCUAUGCUGAAGCUGUUCGUCUUCCCGUUUGGGAUGUAGCUAUGUCUAAGGAGAUUAGUGCUCUUGAUAAGAAUGGCACGUUAUGUGUUACGGAUCUUCCCCCAUGUAAGAAGGCUAUUGGUUGUAAAUGGGUUUACAAAAUUAAAUAUAAUUUUGAUGGUACUGUCGAGUGA